AUGCAUAUCUACAGUGCAAUGAAAAUUGCGAAGCAGUCGCCAAAGGCAUUCUCUAGCGACGUUCUGGCUUUACAUUUCGUUCAUGGGAUGAUAGAAGGGCUUCAAGAUCCUCUGGAUUAUGAUAGCUUGUUGGAGUCUGUCUCUGAAAGCGAUCCACCCGCCGUGAGGAAAGUCAACGCUGCUACCAAAUUGUCGCAUGCAUUCAACGAGUCGCGAGGAGCGAUGCUCGCGACAAAUCCAGGAUUCUCGCCAUUCUUGAUCAAACGCGACUGGAGAUUCAGUGGGUGA